CUGCUUUGCACAUUUAAAGAUGAAUGCAGAAGUCCUUUUUUCCAGUCGUACUGCAUAAGUGGUUAUUUGUUUGAUGAAGAUGUCGGGCGCUGUGUUCCAGCUGAGGAGUGUGGAAUAAUUGGCGAAGCUGUAGCCGGUUCCAAGUCGCUAGAACAGGGAAUAUGUGAUGGCGUAGAGGAUGGCGUCGCGAAGAGUCGGGCGAGCGUCUGUGUAUCCCGAACCCAAAAUCCUGAAUGCGUCGGACACCCUGCAUUACUGACAGAUGCAAUUAGACCAGCUGAUAUUGGAAGAACUUUUUGCCUCGAUCGGCCAGAUGGUUUGUAUCGGCAUCCUGAAGAUUGCACAAGGAUCUUUCAGUGCUUUGGAGAAGAAGUUUUUGAGCAUCUACCAUGUACUGAUGGCCUUGUUUUCAACGAAGUAUCCGGAGGCUGUGAUUAUCGGAGUAACGUACCAGAAUGUGCCGAUAACCCAGUUGCAAAGGCGAAAGGUAAAAUGAAUUACUUGUUGCUAGAG